AAUAUAGUUGAAUCACAAGCCUCGGUUGUAACCAUCCUUUAUAUGAAAAGGAAAACUGUUGCCCCAGUGUGACAAUUACGUUGGACCUUAUAGUCCUCUGUCUUACACGUAGCCAAAUUUCAUCUACCACUCCAUUUCUCACCACUAAAAACAGAAUCAAAUAAUUUCUUGUCUCCUCUUCCUCAAGACUCAAGCCCCUCUUUUUUUGAUUAUAACCUCAGAUCAAAAUCAUAUACCUAAAACUCAAAGAACCCAUUUUUUGAUAUCCCUCUCUCUCUCUCUCUCUCCCCCAAAAACAAAAUUCAAGGCCAUCAAGAACCAUCAUGAAGUCUAAAACUCCAUUCUCAAUCAACCUCAAGCUCAUCGUUCUCUGCUUUUUCUUUCUCUUGCUCCUCAUCUUAGUAACAAGAUCAAGUUUUUCGUCUUCCCAGCAACCAAUCUCAGAAACCCAUCUCUCAAACUCAACAAGCACCACUCAAGAAUCACAAUCAACAACUACAACACCAUGUCCAUCCUUACCCCUAUCACAAACUUGCUCCAAAACCCCACCUUCCCUAGCCAAUGCUCUCAUCCACUAUGCAACAACCAACAUAACCCCACAACAAACCUUCAAAGAAAUCUCAGUUUCAGCAAGAAUCCUAGCCAAAAAAUCACCAUGUAACUUCCUAGUCUUUGGCCUAGGCCAUGACAGUCUCAUGUGGACCUCACUCAACCAUGGUGGCCGCACGGUUUUCCUAGAAGAAGACAAGUCAUGGAUCGAGCAAAUCCUUGAACGUUUGCCCACAUUAGAGUCCUACCAUGUUGAGUAUGACACCAAGGUUCACCAAGCUGACCAACUCAUCAAGAUUGGAAUGGAAGAAGACUGCAAAGUUGUGAGUGAUCCAAGGUUCUCAAAAUGCCAACUUGCACUCAAAGGCUUUCCAAGUGAAGUGUAUGACAUAGAAUGGGACUUGAUCAUGGUGGAUGCACCUACUGGGUACCAUGAUAAUGCCCCAGGAAGAAUGAGUGCUAUAUACACAGCUGGAUUGAUGGCUAGGAAUAGAGAGGAGGGUGAGACUGAUGUGUUUGUGCAUGAUGUUGAUAGAGUUGUGGAGGACAAGUUCUCUAAGGCUUUUCUUUGUGAAGGGUAUUUGACAGAACAAGAAGGGAGAAUAAGGCACUUCACUAUCCCAAGUCACAGGGCUCGCCUUGGUAGACCCUUUUGUCCAUAGAGGUUUCAUUCUAUUUCUAUCUGUCCUUUUUUUUUUUCGCCUGUAUUUUUUUUACCACAAUUCUUGUUUUGUCAUAGAUUUAUUAGUACUUGAGAGAAUUGGAGCUGGGAUUUUCCUUUCAUAUAUAUAUAUAUAUAUAUAUAUUUUUUUUUUUUCAGUUGUUACAAAUUUUUUAUUGGAUGAAUUAUACUACUGAGAAUUACUAAAUAAACAUAAUAUGGGGUGACCAUCUUUGGUCCUUGUUACUA